GGAAAAUUCACGUCACGUCAGCCAAGUCACUCCUAGGUUUCUUUUUGUGCGUGAUUGGCUGAGAAGACAUCUGCUAUGUUAUGAUUGGUUUCAACAAAUUACGCGUGUGUUAUGAGUGUCACAUUGUCAAUACAAAUGAUGAUACGUUUACAUGAAGUAAUCAGUGGUUGCGCUUCCUUUAGAAUAAUCAAGCGCUUGCAGCAGCAAAACUGGAUUAUGAAAGACAAAACGCCGUCAUGUUGGAGGAUUUGCCUCAACUGAUAGAGGGAAGAAUAGACUACUUUGAGCCAUCAUUUGAAGCCAUGAUCCGGUCAGGGGCGAGUUACUACACCCAAGCUUCACAAGUUCUGUCAGACCUUACAAACAAACUUGGCUGGAAGAAAGGAGAUCUUUCAGACGAGGAUUGCCAGCAACAACUUCAACAAAAGCUAGCGGAGAUCAAGUCACUUUCCAUUGUGGAAGAUCGCUGACCUGUUUAAUAAGAAAUGACUGUGCUAGCUGUGCAGCGUGAUCCGUACCUUGAAACAAAGCUUUUUGUUGGUUUUCUGAACUUCGCUGCCAAUCAAGUAGUAAGCAACCGCACGUGCAUUAAAGACUCUCGCCUUCCACUCA